AUGAGUUGUACAAAUUCUCUUAAAAAAAUAGUUCUUAUAACAGGUGCCAACAAGGGCCUUGGUUUCGAGAUAGCUCUAAAAUUAUCGCAAAAAAACUUCAAAGUUAUCAUGGCAGAUAAAGAUAAACAAUCUGAGUCCAGAAACAAAAUUAUCUGCAUGUCCGGUAACGAAGAUGUUUACGAUUAUUUUUUGGAUCUCUCUUCGUUUGAAUCAGUUAGAUGUUUUUCUAAAAAACUCUUAGAAAAAGUAAGUUAUGUUGAUGUUCUGGUUAAUAACGCUGGUAUAUUUUGUAUGAAGAAGUGCAGAACUAUUGACUGCUUAGAUGGUGUGAUGCAGGUGAAUCAUUUAGGUCCGUUUUUAUUAACUCAUUUAAUGGUGGAUAUGCUAAAGACAUCUCAAAACCCAAGGAUAAUAUUCGUUACCUCUAAUGGUUCUUUCUUCCAUAAUCUUACAGUUGAAAAGUUGAAGACUCCUGAUUAUUUUACUCCUCAUUUCAUUUCAGGUGCUAUUCAUUACUAUAACACCAAACUUUGCAAUAUGAUAGCUUCUAAAGGUUUUGCAGAAAAAUUACGAAAAUCCAAUAUUAUGAGUAACUGUGUACAUCCACGAAUGAUGAAUACUACUCUUUUAACGGCAAGUCAUAAAGGAAAAGGAGACUUUUUAUCGAAUAUGGAGGAAUCGGUUGCAAAGUUUAUUGUAAAAAGUGUCACUAGGGAUGCAAGCCAGUGUGUAAAUGCUGUAGCUUUCUUAGCGUAUUCCGACAAAGUUAAAAAUGUAUCCGGAAGGUAUUUUUGUAAUUACCAAGUUCACAGAGAACCUAAAGUUUUGGAAGAUAAGCAGUUUUGUGAUGCAAUUUGGAAGGAAAGUGAAAAACUUGUAGGCUUGUGA